CCGGAUCAGGACAUCACUCAGGCGACUUUCUCCUCUUUCAGUCGUGCUUGUUGCAGGCGGGGUUGGGCAACGAGCAAGGCGCUGCCGCUGCAGAUGCUCUGAGCCUUGCUUUAUUCAACCUCGAUUUCAAGCAGAGAAACCUUCAUUGUCUCUUCCGUAUAACUUAUCCGUAUCCAGCUUAUCCGUUGAACACCAUUACUCCGGAGUAAGAUCACCAUCAUGGGAGACCCUGGCCUCGGAACAUCUCAGAUCCGGGGAAUCGAGCAAACUACCCUGCCUAUUGAGGCGGAGGUGUCAGUCUUGGUGACAGGCUUUGGUCCGUUCAAAGCCUACGCUGCGAAUGCCUCUAACUUGAUCUCUUCAUCUCUCCCAUCAUCGUUUACUUUCCCUUCGGCAGUUCCCUCAUCCGCACCCCGAGAGGGUCUUGUCCCCACUUCCCGUCGUGUCUCCAUCCAUGUCCAUCCCACUCCGAUACCCGUGGCCUACUCGACGAUCCGAGAGAUAGUGCCGGCCAUAUUAGACGAAUAUGCAAAGAAUCAUGGCGGGCGACGACCGGAUAUCGUGAUUCAUAUGGGCAUAGCCGCAACAAGGGGUUACUAUUCGGUGGAAACACAGGCACACCGCGAUGCGUAUCAUCUUUCGGAUAUCACUGGCAGGUCGGGAUUUCUGGAUGGUGAAAUGCAUUGGAGACAGUUAGGGCUGCCUCCAAUUUUAAAGGCUGGUCGCACGGCUCCUGGUUCGAAACCACAGCAGGCUGUGCAACGACAUGCCAUCCCACAUCCGCCGGACGACCAUUUUGUCGAUAUAUGGAAAAUAUUUGCGCCCCCUGGAGCGGAUCUUCGCAUCUCGAAAGACGCAGGUCGUUACGCUUGUGAAUUUAUUCUCUACACGAGUUUAGCACUGGCGUUUCAGGAAGGCCGGGACCGCAACGUGACUUUCUUCCAUGUUCCUCCAUCGUGUAAUGAUGAGGACAUUGAGUAUGGGAAGAACGUUGCGAUUGCCUUUAUCAAAGCGCUUGUAACAUCCUGGUUUGAUAAAAAGGCUAGAGAUACAUAGAAAACCAUGGUUCCAUUAUAUAUAGCUGGCAUUAACUAAGGGAAGCUCGGCGCAACAGCACAACAAAUUCAAAACCUGCCU